AUAGGGAAGAAAAAAAAACGUUACGCACCUACCUAUCUUUUUGCAAAGGCCUGCAAUUUUGAUCCCGAUCGUAGAAAGGCUCCAAUCCUAUGUACUUACUUCGCCCACUGAACUCCAUGGGACAUACUUUCAAGUAGACAGUUCGGAUCAGAUUGUGUGUUUGCUGGCAGGAUCAGAGAUUUAAACCGGGAAGCCCAAAGGGUGAUUUUUAGUAAACUCUUAAUUUCCAAAAAAACGAUUAGUUUUUAGAUCAUCCUCGGGGCUUCUUGCAGAUGCAAAUCGUGUCUCCGGCCAGCAGGAGGAAGAGGAAGUGAGAGCAGCAACAGCAGUAGCAGCAGCGACAGAGCAGCUGUGUGUGUUCGAGUCUGAUGAUGGGAUAGAGAGAGAGAGACACCAAAACAAGCCGCGGUAAAAGGCGAACUUCAAUGGUGGAGGCGGUGCUCGCAAGGCGACAGGAACUGCAGGGUGCUCCAGCCUCUGCGACAGGCCAGCCAACUUCAUUCUCCGGUCCACUCGCUGCACUUUGUGGAACUGAUUCUAACUGGCAGAGGCUGGGUGCUUUUUUUUAAAGCUGUGAAUGAAACAGUGACAGGCUGCAGCAUUUAGUGUUCACUUUCACUAGCUUUGAAGAACAGCGACAACUAAAAAUGCCACCUCUUGUGGAUAUCGUGAAAGUGGCUAUAGAAUGGCCUGGUGCGUUCCCCAAGUUGAUGGAAAUUGAUCAAAAAAAGCCAUUGUCAGCAAUCAUAAAGGAAGUCUGUGAUGGGUGGUCCCUCACAAAUCACGACUAUUAUGCCCUGCAACAUGCAGAUAGUUCCAAUUUCUAUAUCACCGAAAAGAACCGUAAUGAAAUUAAAAAUGGAGCAAUACUUCGAUUAACUACAUCACCAGCCCAAAAUGCUCUUCAGCUCCAUGAGAGGAUCCAAUCUUCUAGUAUGGAUGCCAAGCUGGAAGCACUGAAAGACCUAGCUAGUUACUCGCGUGAUGUAACAUUUGCCCAAGAAUUUAUCAAUCUAGAUGGUAUUUCACUCCUGACGCAGAUGGUGGAAAGUGGCACUGAACGAUAUCAGAAAUUGCAGAAGAUAAUGAAGCCCUGCUUUGGAGAUAUGUUAUCCUUCACUCUGACUGCAUUUGUUGAGCUGAUGGAUCAUGGAAUUGUAUCCUGGGACACAUUCUCUGUGGCUUUCAUAAAAAAGAUAGCAAGUUACGUGAGCAAGUUUCCUACCGACAUUGCUAUCCUGCAACGGUCAUUAGCCAUCUUAGAGUCAAUGGUGUUGAAUAGCCAUGAUCUGUACCAGAAGGUGGCACAGGAGAUUACAAUUGGCCAGUUAAUCCCACAUCUUCAAGGGGCAGAUCAAGAAAUACAAACAUACACCAUUGCCGUAAUAAAUGCACUUUUCCUUAAAGCACCUGAUGACAGGAGGCAGGAAAUGGCGAAUAUUUUAGCACAGAAACAACUUCGGGCAAUCAUCUUACAACAUGUUAUCAGAGCACAGAGGGCCAUCAAUAAUGAAAUGGCACAUCAGCUUUAUGUUCUACAAGUGCUCACCUUUAACCUACUGGAAGACAGAAUGAUGACCAAAAUGGAUCCUCAAGAUCAGGCCCAAAGGGAUAUCAUAUUUGAACUCAGAAGAAUUGCUUUUGAUGCAGAAUCUGAACCCAACAAUAGUAGUGGCAACGUGGAGAAACGCAAAUCCAUGUAUACGCGGGAUUACAAAAAACUUGGCUUUAUUAAUCAUGUGAACCCAGCAAUGGAUUUUACACAGACUCCUCCAGGAAUGCUAGCCCUUGACAACAUGCUGUACUUUGCCAAACAUCAACAAGAUGCUUAUAUCCGGAUUGUUUUAGAAAACAGCAGCCGAGAAGACAAGCAUGAAUGUCCUUUUGGUCGAAGUAGUAUUGAAUUAACUAAAAUGCUGUGUGAUAUCCUGAAAGUAGGAGAGUUACCCAGUGAGACCUGCAAUGAUUUUCACCCAAUGUUCUUCACGCAUGACAGAUCAUUUGAAGAGUUCUUCUGCAUUUGCAUCCAACUGUUGAAUAAGACAUGGAAAGAGAUGAGAGCAACUUCUGAAGACUUCAACAAGGUAAUGCAAGUGGUGAAGGAGCAAAUAAUGAGAGCACUGACCACGAAGCCUAGUUCUCUGGAUCAAUUCAAAAGUAAACUUCAGAAUCUAAGCUACACAGAAAUACUGAAAAUUCGCCAGUCUGAGAGGAUGAACCAAGAAGAUUUCCAAUCUCGCCCAAUUUUGGAGCUAAAAGAGAAGAUCCAGCCUGAAAUUUUAGAGUUGAUUAAGCAGCAGCGCCUUAAUCGUCUUGUUGAGGGAACCUGCUUUAGGAAACUCAACAGUCGGCGGCGGCAAGAUAAAUUUUGGUAUUGCCGACUUUCACCAAACCACAAAGUCUUGCAUUAUGGAGAUUUGGAAGAGAGUCCCCAGGGAGAAGUUCCACAUGAUUCAUUACAGGAUAAGUUGCCUGUGGCAGAUAUAAAAGCAGUCGUGACAGGGAAGGACUGCCCUCACAUGAAGGAGAAAGGAGCUCUUAAACAAAACAAGGAGGUGCUUGAGCUUGCUUUCUCAAUAUUGUAUGAUUCUAAUGGACAACUAAAUUUCAUUGCUCCUGACAAGCAUGAGUACUGUGUGUGGACAGAUGGACUAAAUGCCCUUCUUGGAAAGGAUAUGAUGAGUGAACUGACACGUAAUGACCUGGACACUCUGCUCAGUAUGGAGAUAAAGCUUCGCCUCCUGGAUCUGGAGAAUAUUCAGAUUCCUGAUGCUCCACCACCUAUUCCAAAGGAACCAAGCAACUAUGAUUUUGUAUAUGACUGUAACUAAAGCUACUCUCACUGCUGAGACUUGCAUUUAAACUGGAAGUACUAUAACUGGAGAGUUGUUUGUUUUUUAAAGAAGAGAACAAGAUAUGCACAUUGGAUCUCAAUGGGGGGGAUUGUAAAACACUUCUUUCCCCAUGCUUUGCCCCUUUCUCUGUGGCCCCAUCCCCCCCAUUGCGAAUGAAAAACACUGCUUUCAGUAACUUCUCACCACUGGGCAAGAUCAAAUGAACAUUCCAACUUAAAAGGUGAUCCAAGAGGAACUUCCUUAUUUUUGAAAUGCUGGAGUGCACAUUCCAAAUAAAAGAGUGUGCCCAAAAUGCAUGACCAACAAACCACAUCCAGCAUUGCAGGCGCUUUAACUGGAAGAAAAGAAGUAGAGAAGAGGUAAAUGGAGGGUGGCAAGAUAUACCUUUUCAUUCCAUUCAUGUAGUCAGCUAAACAGCUGACCACAGUGGAAAAGAAGAUUAUUAACUGCUUUCAGCUUCGACACCAUGACCCAUCACUGCCACCCUUAACGCCAGCAUCUACCCACCAAGCCCAUUUGUGCUAUGUCAAGUAAUGUUUCUUAAGAUGAGUCCACAAGUCUUCGCUGGAAACAUUUCUAACCUCUUAAUAUCUCCCCCAAGUGAUUUCCACACUUUUCAUGAAGCUACUUGAUGUUUUAAUGUGUCAUUAUAUAUCCCAAAAAACCAUGGGAGUUUUUUGACGUGGAUGGGAUUGAUUAUUUGUGUGCAAAGCAGCAGAUGCAACAGAUGCCGGAAAGUGCUAUGUAUUUGGUUUUGUACAAACAUCUGGACAAUUUUGCCAAAUAUAUAUUUAAUUAAGAACAAAAUUGUAUUAAUUAUCUGUGUUUUAUUUCCGUAUGGUACCUGGAACAUUUGCCUUAGGAGAGAAAAUACGCACCAACAUUCCCAUCAGAAUUGCUAUUGAAUAAAAUUGGACGUGCGCUUA